GGUGGCGUUGUCUGCUGAGCAUAAUUCUGCUGCAGGAGACAUCUCCCACCAACUGCGUCGUCACGUGAGGUCAGAACUUGAACUCUCGAGACAGAAACGUCUCCAGCUCAUCUCUGACGCACAAACCAGCCUUUCCGGAAGUGGUGACAUCGAAUUGUCAAGACAGAAACGCAGGCUCAUAGAUAAUGAUGAGGAACUCUCCAGGCAAAAACGAUUGACUGAAGGCGACGACAAAAAUGAACAAUUUCUAUCGAGACAAAAACGUCGGUCCUUGGAUGCAUAUAUUGAGCUUUCGAGACAGAAGAGACUUUUUGACGAUGGAAGUGAAACUGUUCUGUCAAGGCAAAAACGCCGGUUUGAUGAUGGCGAUUUAGAACUUUCCAGACGGAAGAGGCCCGACGAAGGAGUUCAGGCCUUACUUUCGAGGCAAAAGCGAGUGUUUCGACGCAGCGUGGCUGCGAUUGUAAACGGGCAACGUCGUUAAUGAAGUUAAUGCUCCGGGAUACUAUACUUGCUCCCCCCCCCCCGACGAUUGUUUUCCCGAACGGGCAACAAUAAAUUACCGUCAGGACAAGACAUUGUAAAAUUCUGCAAAAUUGGCAUACGAAAGCACUCCCUCAAAAACUAUAGUUUCUUUGUGCUCAGUGCAGAUCGGUGACAAUAAUGUGUUUUGGAGUAAAGAGGCAUACUCUUGUUUGUCCUCAGUUCUAUCAUCACACACGCCUAUAGCUUGAUUCGACGCACAGGGGUUUUUUUUCUUGCUGUAGUACAUCGAGGCGAAGGUGAAUUCUGUGAAGUGUAUGUUGAUUUGAAAGGCUGAAAACGCCUUCGGGGUGUCCCACGAACUGUCGAAAGCCGUUCUGGCCUCCCAACUUUUGUUUCUAGUUCCUAGUGUGAGGAAAUGACACAAAAAUUUACCAUGUGAUAAAUUUCCCCAGACUUGACGUGCUCUUAAAUAGUUAACUGUUUUUGAAUUUCACUGUUAACAUAACGCAUGCAUGUGAAUAAUAUAAAUAAAAUAAAGCCUUUCUUAUAUUGCUUACAAUUCCGUGAGUGGUAUCAGUGAAGGGCGGUCCAUAACCUA